AUGCUGGGCACUCUGGGGCUUUGGGCACUGCUUCCUGCGGCUGUGCAGGCACCCCCAAACAGGAGGACCUGUGUGUUCUUUGAGGCCCCUGGAGUGCGGGGAAGCACAAAGACACUGGGGGAGCUGCUAGAUGCAGGACCAGGGCCCCCCAGGGUUAUCCGCUGCCUCUACAGCCGCUGCUGCUUUGGGAUCUGGAACCUAACCCGAGACCGGGCACAGGUGGAGAUGCAAGGAUGCCGAGACAGUGACGAGCCGGGCUGUGAGUCCCUUAGCUGUGACCCGAGUCCCCGAGCCCACGCCAGCUCUGGCUCCACUCUCUUCACCUGCUCCUGUGGUGCUGACUUCUGCAAUGCCAAUUACAGCCAUCUGCCUCCUCUGGGGGGCCCUGGGACUCCUGGCCCCCAGGGUCCCCAGGCUGCCCCAGGUGAGUCCCCCUGGAUGGCACUGGUGCUGCUGGGGCUGGUCCUGCUGCUGCUGCUGCUGCUGCUAGGCGGUAUCGUCGUGGCUCUGCUCCAGCGAAAGGCCUACAGGGUGCAGAGUGCGCCAGAGCCAGAGCCAGACUCAGGCAGGGACUGCAGUGAGGAGCUGCCGGAGCUGCCCCAGCUGUGCUUCUCCCAGGUCAUCCGGGAAGGAGGUCACGCGGCAGUGUGGGCUGGGCAGCUACAAGGGGAGCUGGUGGCCAUCAAGGUCUUUCCCCGGAGGGCCGUGGCCCAGUUCCGAGCUGAGAGAGCCUUGUAUGAGCUGCCGGGCCUGCAGCACAACCACGUUGUCCGAUUUAUCGCUGCUGGCCAGGGGGGACCCGGCCCCCUGCCCUCUGGGCCCCUGCUGGUACUGGAACUGCACCCUAAGGGCUCCCUGUGCCAGUACCUGAGCCAGCACACCAGUGACUGGGGAAGUUCCCUGAGGAUGGCUCUGUCUCUAGCCCAGGGCCUGGCAUUUCUCCAUGAGGAGUGCUGGCAGGAUGGCCAGUACAAGCCUGGUAUUGCCCACCGAGAUCUGAGCAGCCAGAAUGUGCUCAUCCGGGAAGAUGGGUCAUGUGCCAUUGGAGACCUGGGCCUGGCCUUGGUGCUCCCUGGUUUCGCUCAGCCCCGUGCCUGGGCCCCUUCGCAGCCCCGAGGCCCAGCGGCCAUCAUGGAGGCCGGCACACAGAGGUACAUGGCGCCAGAGCUCCUGGACAAGUCCCUGGACCUCCAGGACUGGGGCACUGCCCUCCGGCGAGCCGAUGUCUACUCCCUGGCCCUGCUCCUGUGGGAGAUCCUGAGCCGCUGCCCGGAUUUGAGGCCUGACGGCAGACCACCACCCUUCCAACUGGCCUAUGAAGCAGAACUGGGCAGCUCCCCCACCACCUGUGAGCUGUGGGCCCUGGCAGUAGAGGAGAGGAGGCGCCCUGACAUCCCAUCCUCCUGGUGCUGCUUUGCCACAGACCCCGGCGGGCUCAGGGAGCUGCUGGAGGACUGCUGGGACGCAGACCCGGAAGCGCGGCUGACGGCUGAGUGUGUCCGGCAGCGCCUGGCGGCCCUGGUUCAUCCUCAGGAGGCCCAGCCCUGCCCAGAGGGCCGUCCACACGGCCGCCCAGAAGACUGGCCCCCUGCUCCUGCCCCUGCUCUCCUCCCCGGCAGCCCGCAGCCGGGUGCCUGCCACUUCGGUGUUCAGCAAGGCCCUUGCUCCAGGAACCCCGGAGCUGCCUGUGCCAGUUCUCACGUGUAG